CACCACCUAGACAGUAGGCACCAUUUGUUUACGUUGGAAUUGUUCCAGAGGCAGAGUAUCUGGUUACAGCGUGAGGUUACAGCAGGUUUAGUAAUAAUUUGGAGCAGGUCGUUUCUAGAAGCGGUGCCAAUAGAGCGAGAAUAGAGAUGGCGUCAUUGAAAGGCAAAGUAUGCAUGGUAACAGGAGCAAGCUCGGGUAUUGGAGCAGCAACAGCCAUUUACUUUGCAUCCCUUGGUGCUAAACUAGCCAUCACUGGCAGGAAUACAGAGUCCCUCGAUGAUACUAAGCGGAAAUGUAUAGAAGAAGGACUAGCAGAAAAUGAGGUGUUCAUCAGUGCUGGGGAUUUAGCUGUUGAUGCAGAUCUAGAGAGAGUCUUUGAAGAAUGUGCUUCAUAUUAUAAUAACACUCUAGAUGUCCUGGUGAACAAUGCAGGAAUAGGUGUUGUUGCUUCCUUGUUAAACACUACCAUGGAGAUGUAUGACAAACAGAUGAACAUCAAUACUAGAUCAGUAUUCUACCUGACAAGACUUGCUGCUCCAUUACUGAUUAAAUCAAAGGGAACAAUAGUGAAUGUUUCCAGUGUCAAUGGUUUGAGAUCGUUCCCUGGCCUCACUGCGUAUUGCAUGUCGAAGUCUGCCAUAGACCAGUUUACUCGAUGCACAGCUCUAGAUCUAGCAAGUACUGGAGUCAGAUGCAAUGCUGUAAAUCCUGGUGUGAUAGUUACAGAUAUUCACAAGCGAGGAGGAAUGGAUGAAGUAGCGUAUGCUGCGUUUCUGGAAAGGAGCAAGAUGACACAUGCACUGGGGCGAGUUGGUCAGGCAGACGAGGUUGCUAAAGCAAUCUCAUUUUUUGCUUCUGAUGAAUCUUCAUUCAUUACAGGGGCGACCCUGCCUAUCGAUGGAGGUAGACAUGCCAUGUGCCCACGUUAAUGGUGUUUGCUUGCAUUCUGAGUAUUUUUAUGUGGGGUUCUAUGCUAAAAAGUUAUACCUGAACCACAAGAAGUAUAAUCAUGAGCGUAGUAGGAGUUAUGAUGAAUUAUUAUGAAAUUUGUGACAUAUACUACUUAUUUUCACAAAUUCGUAGGUGAAACAAAUUAUCUCUACAUCAUUAAAAUCAUCAAUAUUUUUGGUAAAGAUGGUAUAAGUCUGUUGAUCAAAGAAAGGUGUUUGCAAACAAGCAUAUGAAUGAAAUUGGUUUAUUUUCCUUGAGAUGCACCUAAUUUUGAUCUUUCACUUCAAGCAUGCCAGUUAUGGUUUUCACCAUGUUUUUCCACAUAGUAUUUUAGGCCCCCAGCUACGCAUUUUUACUUUAACCACUGUGGGAAUAGUAUAUGUACCUGAAAUGCGGUAAUUGAUAUGUACUUGUAUAAGAAGAAUUGCACAAUGGCAUCUUCAUAUAGUUUUAAGUUUGACACUAGAUUGUGUUAUUACUGUUUGCAGUAGCAGGGUUAUUGCUAGCUCUAGUAGCUCUGCAGGCCUGCGGCAACUGUACGCGGGUUAUAGUUACUAGAGCUAGGUUAUUGCUAAUGUGUGUCACAUCAUCGAUUGCUUUGGCUGUGGCUUUAGCAUCUUUGUAGCUACUCUAUAAAAAAAUUAUGUCACCAUUGAUUGCUGUGGUACUUUUAUACUGUGUUUUUCUACUGCUUAGUUUGAUUUGUUUUUAUAACGAUUACUUCUGUAUGCACGUUCAAGUGCAUAUAGUCUAGUGUAACAAAAUUUGAUAUGGUAGUCAAUGUGGAAAUUGUGAUUUUGUAUGUAGCAUUUGACUUGGUAAUAAAAAUGGGAUUAUUUAUGUUAAAACAACAGCGA